UCAAAGCGCAGGCGUCGAGUCGGGAGGGAGCCUAUCUUGCGCAGACUGGGUACUGUACAUGGCCAUUGAUGCUGCUGGGUAGAUGUAGCCCCUGAUGUAAAUAAGAAUGGCGAGGGCAGCGGCUCUAACAUGCCGAGUUAUCGCUGCUUGACAUCGGAACAUUUUAUACCACCAUCGGGAUUUUUUAUGAAACGCGGGGUCCUUUUCUUCGUUUUCAUCUGAAUCUGCCUUGACAGCUCGCCCGAUGGUUUUCAUUUGACACAAGAGCCAAAGCAGACGGGCGGCUUCUUCCUAUAAACACUCGGGAAAAACGGGUCAUUAUGACCUUAGUAUCCUCCAGUAAAAGAAAACCAUCGGAUUGCUUUUACGCGGCAGCAUUCUGCUUGCAUUUUUUGCUUUGGAUUUCGUGUGCCGUGUCCGGAGAGGAGCAUCAUCAGUUCAGCGUUGAGGGAUGGCUACAGAGGUAUGGCUACCUUCCCCGCACAGAACCGGGAAUGUCUGUCCUGCGCUCGGCCCAAACCAUGCACUCAGCCAUCGCUGCCAUGCAGCGCGUCUAUGGUCUCAAUGUCACAGGGACACUGGAUGAGAAAACCAAGGAUGAUAUCACCCUAAGUUGGAUGCAAAAGCCACGCUGUGGAGUUCCGGACAAAUUUAAAAGUGCAUCAAGGUCACGGAGGCGGAGAUAUGCACUGACAGGACAGAAGUGGCAGCGAACACAUAUAACCUACAGCAUAAAAAACGUCACGCCAAAGGUGGGUGCCCGGGAGACCCAUGAUGCCAUCCGGCGGGCGUUUGACGUGUGGCAGGGUGUGACUCCCCUUCGCUUUGAGGCCGUUCCAUACAGCGCCCUGGAGACUGGCAGGCGUGACGUGGACAUCACCAUCAUCUUCGCUUCAGGUUUUCACGGUGACAGCUCACCCUUCGACGGGGAGGGAGGAUUCCUCGCCCACGCCUAUUUUCCGGGCCCAGGAAUAGGAGGGGACACACACUUUGACUCUGAUGAGCCUUGGACCCUGGGGAACCCCAACCAUGAUGGUAAUGACCUGUUCUUGGUUGCGGUUCACGAGCUGGGCCAUGCCCUUGGUCUGGAGCACUCCAACGACCCCACUGCUAUCAUGGCUCCUUUCUACCAGUACAUGGACACAGAGAACUUCAAACUACCUCAUGAUGACCUGCAGGGCAUCCAGAAAAUCUAUGGCCCUCCAGAUAGAGCUCCACAGCCUACCAGGCCCCCACCCACGGUCCCUCCUCCUCGCUUCCACCCUCCUUCAGACCCACGAAAGCACGAUCGCCAUGCCAGACCCCACCGGCCUCCACAGGGGGCCAAACCCUCCAACCCCAACUCCAAACCUAACAUCUGCGACGGAGGCUUCAACACUCUGGCCAUCCUCCGACAGGAGCUUUUUGUGUUUAAGGACCAGUGGUUCUGGAGGGUACGAGACAACUCAGUGGUCCCUGGCUACCCCAUGCAGAUCAACUACUUCUGGAAAGGCUUGCCUCCCAAAAUUGACGCUGUGUACGAAAACAGCGAAGGGAAGUUUGUCUUUUUCAAAGGAAACCGUUUCUGGGUCUUCAAGGACACAACUCUCCAGCCUUCGUACCCUCAGGACAUCUCGCUGUUCGGGAACGGCAUGCCCACACAGAGUAUCGAAACAGCUGUCUGGUGGGAGGAUGUCGCCAAAACCUACUUCUUCAAAGGAGACAGGUACUGGAGGUACAAUGAGGACAUGAGGACCAUGGACCCAGGUUACCCUAAACCCAUCACCAUCUGGAAGGGCAUCCCUGAUUCACCGCAGGGGGCUUUUGUGGAUAAGGCCAAUGGCUUUACCUACUUUUAUAAAGGAAAGGAGUACUGGAAGUUCAACAACCAGCUGCUUCGUGUGGAGCCUGGCUACCCGAGAUCCAUUCUGAGGGACUUCAUGGGCUGCGAUGGCCUCCCCGCUGACCCCGACUGGGACUGGAGCCCCCCUGUGGCGGAGGAACGCCACUAUGACAAUGGAGAUGUGGACGUUGUCAUCAAACUGGACAGCGCAGGGGGUACAGAGAAAGCGGUGGCCAUCGCCAUCCCCUGUGUUCUGGCUCUGUGCAUGAUGGUCCUCCUCUACACCGUUUUCCAGUUCAGGAGGAAGAGCACGCAGCGCCACAUACUGUACUGCAAGCGCUCCAUGCAGGAGUGGGUCUGAGGACUGUUACUGCACUGUAUAGAGAGGGGUGUGAAGCUCUGAUAAAGGUCUAGUUAUUGCUGGAAGCCCUUACUACAGUAAUUGGAAGCACUGUAAAGGGUCUGGUACAUGAGGUUUGCUAUGUUGGCAGAUUUCAAAACUGCUCGAACUCAUAACAUGCAAGCUGCGAGGAAGUGAAACGAUCAGCAGAACUCCACUGAAGACAGUGACGGAGCCACAUCUCCUAUGUCCAACUAAUAUGUAUGUAUCUGCUUUGACUUUUUUCUCUAUCUUGGAAUGAACUCAAUUAAGUGAGACAGAGUUAAGCUUCUGUAAGUGGGACCUUUGUCUAUCCCCAUCUCUGCACGCCGCUUAAAAAGCCCCUAGCACUAACUUCAGUGGACAAAUUAGAUAAAGGCUUCCUCUUUACUUUCAUUUCUUAAUUAAAUUGCCCUGAGCUGUGCUUUUUUUUCUCUUUUUUAAAAAAUUUCAAGUCCCUGUAAAAGAUUAUUCAUUGUGUGGAGGACUGAUACACAAACCAAAUAUGACCUUUUCUUCCAAAGAGGAUUACUGCUCGAUGUUGUUUUUGAUGGGAUAUUUUUCCUCCAUGGAUCAAACAUUGUGGAUCAUGCUCUGAUUUUCUUUUGCCAUUUCUAUUCAUAUCCACCCGUCUGCUCUGUAAUCUGUUGGGAUAGGAUGCAGCCGUUAGUAAGAGCUAGGAACUCAAGACUGUUGUGGCAGACAGUCUAUCUCCAAAACAGGGGCCAAAAACCUCUCUGCAAUAUUUAUGAGACUGCCUUAAUCACAGAUUGCUUAGAUUACCUCCUCUUUCUCUCUCGAUUCCUCUGGUCUGGAAGUGGAACACUGAGUGACACAGUCGGAACAUAAACGGUGUAUGAAGGCAUUGAUUACUGCCCAUAAUGCAACUUUAAGCCAAUAGUUAAGGACAGUUUGACCCUCAACGGGUUCAUUGUUCCUGAGAAUGUGCUAAGCUGUGCUAAAUGCCUGAUGGCAAGCAGGCUACCAGCUUUCAUUUACUGCCUCACCGGAGGCCGUGAGAGAGAAAGGGAAGGUUAGUUGUGUGUGUGUGAAAGAGAGAAUAAUUACUAACAUUAUAUAUGUACUGUACUGUAGUGUCAGUUAUUGAACAACUAACAUCCUGCUUCCCUUUUUUCCUGCCAAGUUUGGAUACUAAAACUCCAAACGGUGUCAGCCGAUACAUUUUAAACAGCUUUAGUAUUCAAGAUUUUUUUUCUUUUUUUGACAAUUUUUCUACAAUAUUUGUAAGUUUACAUAAUAUUUCACAUAGAAGAGGAUGGGAUGCGAAGAUGGAAGGGAAAAAAGAGGGGGAAAACUACAUGCACCACCCCUUUUUAAAAAAAAGACAUAUUUCGUGAUAUAAGAAACUUUUGCCUGCAUCUCUAGUUACAACAGGCACAUCCGCCUUUUAUCAGUGCUGUUGCCCAGAUUGUUCCAUCUUCUCACUAAGUUCUCCAAAUAAUUUUUAAUGACUUACACUGCUGUCAUUAAGGAAACAUGUCUAAACAGUAACAGGAACUAAUCAGUAGAAAUAAAGAAAUGUUGUCUGAAUUUCGGAUGUUAGAAAAAAAAACAUGAAAUCAGUUUUGCCUCUGUUCAAUAAUAGAACCUGGCUGUUUUAUGCACUAUAAUUAACUCUAAUUAACCAUUAGUCAAACACUAUACAAACGCUACAUUAACAAAUUACUAACCAAUAUUUAUUGAUCUGCUCAAACAUUUUUGGAAUUAACAGGAAUAUUGGAAAACUAAAUCGGCAAAAGUCAAGUCUAAUGACAAAUAUUUCACAUAUAUUAUAAUCUAUGAUGUUUCAUAUACACACAUAACAUCAUAUAUAAAUCUUAUCAGAUGUGUCAAAGAGUUUAAUCAGCCACAUAUAGGAAACAAAACGUACAAACAGAGACAGACUCUCUGUGAGGUGAGAUGGAGCUAAACUGAGCAAGAGCUUUUUCUCUCGUCAUGUAUUGUGUUAUAAAUGCAAUACACAGCCCGGAUCCCAAUGAAAUAUAUUGUCUUGCAAUUGCCUUUGGUCUGCCAUACAUGUAACAAUGUGGUCGUGUGGUGUAGCAUUUCUCAGAAUUUGCCAGAUGAUCUCGCUUUGAGCAUUCAUGAUGUGAUUUUUUAAAACAUUUGUGCUCCUUGUUUUUAUUAGUCUUUUACUUGAAAUGAUCAUCAUCAUCAACUGUACAGGAUAUCGGACAUACUCUUCCAUUGAUAUCGAGGCGAUGCUAUUUUAUGACAUAUCAGAGAAGGAAUUUGAGAUUUCAAAUGUCCUCAUCUUUAAAUUAGCGAUAGGAGGGUAAAUUGAACUGUGACUGAUGGCUCAAACCGUUAUUCAUCGUCAUUUGUAAGAGAUAAAAACUUAAAACUUGCAUAAAGGCAAUGCAUGCCGUUGUUAAACUAUGAUGUCAUUCUUUCAUAGCUGUUGACCAUGGAUCACUCUUGUACCAGUCGUUCCCUUUAGGGUUAAACGAAGUGACCGAUCAGCAUUACAGCUUUCUACAGGAUGCGUUGACAGAUCAAAAGCUGUCGUGCUUUACAAUCCAUGUAAAAUUACUAGCUUCCAGUCUGUCCUUGCUGUUCCAAUCUUCACGUGAUUGUCUAAAUUAUGAAAGAAAAUGUAAAGAAAGGAGCAUUGCUGCUUUCCUAUAGCAGUGCUGAAUUGCCGUGCAUAUCAGUCCAUGUUGAUCCAUGAUCACUGUAAUUUAAGGUGAAAGCAAAAAGCCUUUGGCUUAGUGUUGUGUGUGCUGUCUUAUCAGUUUGUGUGUUUGUGAUGAGGGUCUGAUGGCUCCAGCAAGUGUGAAUUAAACAAGGCCAGCGAGGCAAGUCGGUACUGUAUUUAUUGCCGUAUUUAUUCCUGUGUGCUCAGCACCUCAAAUCUUGCAUUGCAUUGUACUGAGGGCAAGAAGCUGUCAAUAAAGUGGGUUUGAAAUGCAGUAUUUUUUUCUAGUCUCACAGCUACCAAGUAAUCCUCCUCCUUCUGUUACUGCAUCAACAACAAACAAUUCAUUCAGUGCAAAUGUGUUUUCAUCUUUGAGAGGUAACUCAAACUUUCAAGGUUACUCACACUUACGGUCGUUUUCAUGCGUGAAUCACUUCAAAUAUCGGACUCUUUAACUAUGUGAGAAGCCGGAGGUCUUGAUGCUUUGUCAUGCCGUGGUUGUCUGACUGCUCAGUGCUUUUUAUUUUUUUUAAAAGUCUGCCUUGACACAUGCUGCUAAGCAUUAGGGCUAAUUUGGAGUGUCAUUAAAGGAGGUAGAUGGAGCUGAUUAGACAGCAGUCGAUGCACCGGAGAGGCAAGGGUACAGAGGAGAUGACGAGCAUUUUCAAGCCACUGCAGUCAAGAUGUUAUACAUGGAUACAUGCAUAUAUUCUGAGGUACGCUGUUUGAGAAGAAAACAUAUUGCAUAAUAUGUAUAUAUAUAAGCCAGACUGUAUACUGUCUGCUAUGGACAAUUUUGUUUUUAAUCCAUCCAUUCCAUGCAUAAAGAAAGUGCUGUGUGUUGUAAAUAAAACAAGUGCAUACUGA